AUGGCGAUUCGUGGACAAUGUUUAAUCUGCGAGGAAAUGUUUAAUUCGAAAAACCUGUCAGCUUUGCCUUGUGGACAUGUUUUCCAUGAAUGCAUUCAAAGAUGGUUUGAGCACACGGAUACACCCACUUGUCUAAGUUGUGGAGCUUCCAUCAACAAAGAUCUAAUAGUACGUCGCCUCUUCUUCGAUGCUUGCGAUAAUCAAAACGAUGAUGAACUUAUGGUAGCUCUCACAGAGUCUGCUUUCUCACGUGCUGAAACGGAAAUACAAGAACUCAAGAACGAUAAGAAAGAAGUAGAAGACAAGCUCGCACUAGAACUGGGAAAAGUUGCUUCGUUUGGGAUGCAGAUUUACAACCAAAAUAGGCAAUUGGAUGAAGCAACUGAUUUACAGAAAGAACUUAUAGGAGAAUUAUAUGAAGAGCAGGAAAAACUGAAGAUUCUUCGGGAAAAUGAGAGCGAUUUGUUACUAUGCAUUCGGAAUUUGGAAGAACAGCAAAGGAUUUUACAGAAAAACCAGAACGACUCAAUACUUUUUAUUAAGGACUCAGAUCCUCAUAUCGAGAAUUUGGAUGAGCAACUGAGGAUUUCAAAGAAAGACGAAAACAACUCAAAACUUUUUAUCAAGGUUUUUAUCGUCGCCAUUGCCAUCGCAUUUCUUUCGUCGGUUCCCUAUCUAUAUCUUCGUGUGUCGUAA